CCCCAACGCAAGACAAACCGUCAUUCAUCUGCAGCGGAGGCGAUGUCUCCAGCACCAAUUUUCGCUGCCGACAAUCCUUCAGAGGCUUUAAACUAUAUGCGACUCAUGUGCCAUUAGCAAUUACAGGAUAUUGGCGUGUACUUUGAUGAUCUGCCACUGCUGAUUGAGGCAGGAUGAAUCUCGAAAGCGACCAAAAGAAGGUCGACAAGCUCGCUCGCAUCCGAGAGAACCAACGAAGGAGCAGGGCAAAGAAGCAGGAGCAUAUUCGCGACUUAGAGCAGAAGCUGGCCUGUUUACAAGAACAAGCACACAAGAAAGAAGUCGAGCACAGAUUGGCCGCACAACGACUCGAAAUGGAGAAUAGAAAGUUGAGGUACCUGCUAUCUUACUCAGGGAUACCGCCUCAGACGGUCGAGGAAUAUCUGCGGACCGGUGAUGAUCCCGCUGUGACCCAGAAAGUCGCGAUCCCGGCUCUUCGACGGUCUGAGUUCCAAUCGGAAAACUUGCGUCAGGAGACGAAGUGUUCGCGUCCAUGUGGAAGCAAAUCAUCCAAUACUGUCGGUGAAUUCCAAAACGGCGAUGGUGGUCUCGAGAUUCAGAAAGCUGCAAUACCGGCCUCUCGACUGCCUGAGAUGCAGCCCGAAGUUCGAUGCCGGGAGCAAAAAUGCUCGCGCUCAUGCUCAAGCAGGCAACCUCAGGAAGUUCAGGAGAAACCGCGGUCUACCUUCGAUCCUCUUAUGACCGAGAAAGUUGUAUUACCACCUCUUCAACGGCCAGAGAUCCAGCCAGAAGCUCCUUGCCAGGAGACAAAGCCUUUCCUCCCUUGCUCAUCGUCGUCGGAUAGGUCAGAAAGAAACGCCAGUCUUGCCGCAGUGCAAAAUCAACUUUCCGCUAAAGAGGAACCAUCAGACACGCCCGAGCCGUCAGGAAAGACUGCAUCUCAAGAGUCUCAGGACCCGGCAGAACGCCCCAGACUGCCUCCACUCUGCGACUGCGCACCUGGAGACAACGAAGCAGAACGUUUUCCUAACAAUGGGGACCCCCUCAAUACUACACUCUGUGCAAUAGCGGAUGAACUGAUCCAGCAAUACAACACUCGCGGCAUGGACAUCACGGAAAUUCGCAAGAGGCUAUGGGCGGGCUUCUCCAAAGGCCUCACAACCGAAGAAGGAUGUAGGGUGCAGAAUCAGAUUUUGUUUCAGGUUCUAGACGAAAUUAGCAACCACUGAUGGGCUUGCUUACUAUUAUUAUCCGUUAUCGAGGCAUU